AUGGCAGAAGACCAGAUGCACCAGUUUCCCGAUACCUGGACAGGCAUGGGGGAUCCUGCGCUUCAGGGCGAUGACCCAGGGCCCUUUGACCCCGAGUUUGCCAACAUGUGGGGCAUGAAUGGCGUGGUCGAGCCCAUGAACCAGAGCUGGAUGGAUGUCGACAUCACGCCACAGGAGGCACCUGCGAUGGCCCAGCAGCACAUGUCCGAAGCAGUCCCUAUGCCGCAACAGCAACAACAGCAGCAUCCCUAUCCUAUCCUGGCUGCGCAGCAACCCCAUCACGCUUCGAUGCCGACACAUGUGCAUCAGCAGAUGCGCCAGCAGCGGGAGGACGACGCCAUGAUGCAGGCGCAGAUGCAGGUGGCGAGUGUGUUCCGACAUUAUAGUGGUACGUCCCGUGAUUUCUUUUCUUCUAAUCAUGGUUUUGCAUAUGAGUGGCUUGGCAUGGGUGGGGUGAAUAAUUCUUGCAUCCUUCUGGUCUCUGGUCUAGGAAGGCACGAUCCUGGCCAUGGUGGGCUUUCUGGUCGCUCUUGCCUCACAACUGACCAUGCCGUCGUUGCCCGGCAACAAUGCGAUUGACCUGCCUUCCCUUGACAUGGCGUCGACUUCUGCGGACAAAAUUCUCCUCUUCCAAGACAAAUUCAUUGGAUAUAUCAUUUCUACGCCCCACGGCCGCCCUGCGAGGAGUACAUAUCCAGCAUGUCCUUUCUCGAGCCAGACGAUGGUACGUGUCCGACGUGCAAUGCCCUGUGGGAAUGGUGCAUCUGCGGACAUGUCGACUAUGGCAUCUGUACGGACACAGACUCACCACUUUCUUCAACACUUGAUCCCACGCCCUUUACGUCCGGUAUGGCCCGGGACUGCCAAGCAAUGCCAACCACACAACCUCGGCCAACGCCUUAUCCGAUCCAAUUUGCUCCGAUGCCGGCCGCCCACGCCCCCACCUCGGAGGACUGCUCUCAAUCUAAUCAGAUCAUCUUGCGUGCGAAUCAGAUUCCUCCACCUCCACUACACGUUUCGCAAUGUCUGUGACUGUCGCGACACAGAAUGCUGACGAGAAGCCAACAGACGGCGACAUCCCAUACCAGCACCAGGCCGCCUUGCAGCAUAUGCAAGGCCAGCCUAGCCAGCUCUCUCCCGUAGACCAGCAGCACCCCAACGCCUUCCCGGCGCAAUUUCAGCACUCACCACCGCGCGGCAGCGAUGCCGUUCCCAUUCCACCUGGGCCCUCCACGCGCAGCAGCUUCAGUAGUGUCGGCAGCCCAGGCACUCAGCAGAACGGCGACAUGGUUGUCCAGCAAAGCGGUCCGAUGAGCUCGAGCGUCAACAUCCCCCAACGCCCGCGCCCGGGCAGGAAGCCCAUCCCACAGGAAGAUGCGGCCGACAGAAGGAGACUACAGAACCGCAUCGCUCAGCGCAACUUUCGCGAUAAGCGCCAGCAGAAGCUCCAGGAAACUCUCCACGAACUUGAGCUGAAGAAGCGAGAGUACCAGGCUUCGGUCAGCGACAUCCGGCGGAAUAUCGAGUCGGAGCGGCAGCAGCACCGCAGGACAGUGGACCAGGUGAAUAGGGAGCAAGCACGCGCAAAUUCUGCAGAACGUCGAUGCAACGAAAAGGACAACCAGAUCAGAGCACUACAGAAGGAGGUCGAGGAAUUGCGGCGAUUUCAACAGAUGCAGAGCCAGAACACCGGUCGAUUCAUCCCGGCGCCAGCCGGACUCAAGCUCACGCAGCCAUCCCCAUACACCCCUCCAGAGGAUACGCCCAUCUCUCCGUCGACUACUACCAACUAUAAUGAUCUGGAGACGGAUUACACCGCCCGCUUCGCAUCCUCCAACCACAACUUGCGUCACACCGCCAGCAACGAUAGCGCCAUGGACUUCAGCUACACGCAGCCCAACGACGAUCCUUGUGGCUUCUGCACCGAUCCAAGCAACUGUUUGUGUGCUGCUGCCAGCCACGAGGAGAAGAAUCACGCCGAGCCUGCUGCCCCGGUAAACGGCCCUGGUAGCUGCGACAUGUGCCGCAAGGACCCUAAGCGUGCCCAGGCCUGUCGUGACCUGGCCAACUCCGCUCAGAUGGGUACCCGCCCACGAACUGGACUAGGUCCUCGUCCUUUCGCCGAGACCAACGUGACGACGAAGAGUUCGAUGCCGCCGCCGCCACCUAUGUCGUGCAGCUCAAUGAUCGAUGCCUUCAACCAGUUCGGCGAGCGUACCUCGUCCAUUGGCACGCUUUUCGGCGGAAAGCUGAACGCAUAUCCCGCUCGUUCCGGCGGCGGAUACGAGAUAGAGGAGACGCAAGCCGCCGAGGUGCUUACCGCUUUGUCGCGGCGUAGCACGCAUUCGGAGGGUGGCAUGACAGACGCUGGCAUCGCACACUCGCGCAAGGACAGUGACAUCUAG